UGCCAUGUUUGCGGAAGUUAGAACGAUUUCUGUCAUUUUAACGAAAUGUAGACAAUACUCUUUCCAUUUGAAAAAUAAAUGUUAAAAUAUAUUAUUUUGUAGCCCAACAUAAUAGAAUGAUGACAUUACCAAAGGGACCGGAUUCUUUGUGCUUUGACAAAGACGAAUUUAUGAAGGAUGACUUCGACGUGGACAUAUUUGUGGCUGACUGCAGAAAACGCGUCCAGCUCGAGGAGAUGCGUGAAGAUCUGGAGCAAUAUUACAGACUUCUCAAAACAGCCAUGGUCGAGCUCAUCAAUAAAGACUAUGCAGACUUCGUUAACCUGUCCACCAAUCUCGUUGGAAUGGAUAAAGCCCUCAAUCAGCUCUCUGUACCUCUUGGCCAGUUACGUGAAGAGGUUCUUAGUUUAAAAUCAUCGGUGAAUGAAGUUAUUGAUGCUAUAGAUGCACAGUUAUCCAAGCAGGAGGAUAUUCAAAAAAAGAAGAUUUGUGUGUUGAGACUCAUCCAAGUUGUGAGAUCGGUGGAGAAGAUUGAGAAAAUUCUUCACCAAAACACAAAAGAUACAACAUCCCUAGAGACCAGCAGUCCUCUUCUGGCAGGUCAGAUUCUAGAGCGAAUUGCCACAGAGUUCAACCAGUUACAGUUUCAUGCCGUCCAGAGCAAAGGAAUGCCAUUGCUUGAUAAAGUGCGCCCGAGAAUAGCUGGAAUCACAGCUAUGCUUCAGCAGUCUCUGGAGGGCUUAUUGAUUCAAGGCCUGCAGACAUCAAAUGUAGACAUUGUACGGCAUUGCCUCAGGACGUAUGCUACCAUAGAUAAGACAAGGGACGCAGAAGCACUGGUUGGACAAGUCCUAGUCAAACCAUACAUGGAUGAGGUUAUUGUUGAUCAGUUUGUUAAGUUCAACCCUAAUGGUCUAAAGAUGAUGUAUGCAAAGUUGUUGGAGUUUGUGCCUCACCAUUGUAGACUGCUACGGGAGGUGACUGGUGGGGCUGUCUCUAGUGAUAAAGCAGAUAUUGUCCCAGGAUAUGACUUCCUGGUGAACUCUGUCUGGCCUGAAAUCAUUAGAGGUAUUGAGGAAAGGCUCCCUUCUCUCUUCAAUCCUGGAAACCCAGAUGUGUUUUUUGAGAGAUAUAUUGUCAGCAUGGAUUUUGUGCGUAAGUUUGAGAGGCAGUGUGGUUCCCAGGCCAGUGUGAAGAGACUGCGUGCACAUGCUUCCUACCAGAGCUUCCACAACAAAUGGAACCUGCCAGUGUAUAUCCAGCUGCGAUUCAAGGAGAUUGCUGGAAGUCUAGAAAAUGCCAUUGCAGAUGGACUGGUGACAGCUCCAGUUGGAGGCAGUUACCACCUGCAGGUGACUGAGGUGUUGUGGAGCUGUGUCUGCAGGUGUUGGGCCGACCAGGUGUACCUGUCUCCACUUGCUCAUCGAUUUUGGAAACUAACGCUGCAGCUACUUUCCAGAUACGGCACAUUCCUCACAGAGGUCCUAACAAAGACCUAUUCUCCAGAGACUAGCAAAGAUUCAGUAAGGCCUCUUUCAAGCUCCGCCUCCUCCACAUCCAGCCGAACAUCACAAGACGCAGACAGUGAGAACUCUGGCCCCACUGCCCUGUCUACCAAGCACCUCGUCUUCAUCGCAGCCGAUGUUGAUAAGUUACAAGAGCAGAUUCCAGACAUCACUGAGAUGAUCAGGGUGAAAUUGGAGGCUAUUGGAUUCCAGAACUUUGCUAUUGUUUCAGACGCCUUGCAGGACUCCAAGACGUCCUUGUCUAGCUGCAUUCCCGCACUGAACAGCAGAAUGACUCAGCAUCUGACAGAGAGGAGCAUUCGCUUCCUGAAAAAUGCAUCCGAGGUUCCUCGGCUCUAUCGAAGGACCAACAAGGAGGUGCCCACCAGAUCCUCAGCGUAUAUGGACAAUGCCCUUCGCCCACUCCAUCAGCUGGUCACUGAUUCCAAAAAUGUGGUGAAAGACUCUAUCAUCCUGGAGUGGCUCCGCAUCACACUGUCAGAGUGCACCCAUAGAUAUUUUGAGACGAUAUCAGACGUGCUGAGCUCAGUGCGGAAGAUGGAGGAGUCUCUGAAGAGACUGAAGCAGGCUAGAAAAACGGCCACCACCAGCACUGCUGGUGUCAAUGCGGGGCCAUCAGAUGACAGUAAGAUCCGCCUGCAGCUGGCUCUGGAUGUGGAAUACCUCGGAGAACAGAUUCAGAAGAUGGGCCUCCAGCCAAACGAGAUCACCAUGUUCUCUUCUUUGCUGGAACUUGUGCAGGAGGCACGAGAUCUUGCUUCAGCGGAACAGACAGGGUCAUAAAGCAGGAUGGCCCAGGAGGAUGAAAUGUAGGGUUCAGUUUGUCUUGUCUUGGAGGUUUCAAGACCUUCACCAUGCGAAUGCUCAGACAGAAUAAGAACAGAUGCUCCACUCAGCGUCUCUUCAAGGAGAAGCUUUAUGAAGUCCUGUUGUGGGUUCUUACAUUCAUGAGACAAACACUUAACUUGCUAAUAACAACAAGAUUCUAGCAGCAAGAUCUACCUGUUUAGGAGCACACUAAAAGAAUGUGAUUUACUGUCUGACACGUUAUUUAUCACUUAACUAUAUGUAAGAAUAUGACUGGAACAGUCAUUUUAUGCUUAUUGGAGUUAUCGGAGCAACUCAUUUAUAUGCACCAGUCAUAACAUUUGCACGGACACUAAAUCCUAUAAGCUACUGUGUCUUGUCAUGUGGUUACAUCAGUUGAUUUAAGAUGACACUGGUGCUUUGACUUCAGUUGUGUGUGACUGAAAUUGCUCUCCUAGGAAAUUUGGCGAACCCUGCCUAAUAAACUGGUCAAAUGCUGAAGAGGUUACUUGCUCACAUUACAUCUGUUUUAUAUAAGAAGGGGUAUUGGAGUUUACUUGUUUCACUGGGGAAGAAUGGGACUGCUGAAAUAUGAAUGAUGAUUUAAAAAUAAAAAUGGGGAUACUAUGAAA